GAGGAGGGAAAGAGAGAUGUGGAGAGAAAAAAGGAGAGGAAGAUGCAAGGAUUCGCUUCGCUGCCGUAGUUUAAAAGUCUUGCCAAGGGGACUUAGAAGAGCGUUGGUGGUAUAAAUACCCAGCAUAAACUGGAUUAAAAGAGCAACUACUGACUCCAUCAGAGAGGUGUGAAGUGAGAGAGACAAGCAGAGAGAGAGAGGGAGAGAGAGAGAGAGAGAGAGAGAAUAAAGUGCAAGCAUCAGGAGCGGUGUGUACUGCAGUGUGUCUGUACACACGCAAACAGGAGCUCGCUUUACUACAUCAACUCAACUUGGGAGACAAGAACCGUCACUUCUCAAGCAGCGUCAAGUGAACUCUCACUCGAACACCAGCCUGUCCUUCUCUCUCUCGUUCAGAAAGGCUCGUACACACAAAUGGAGAAUAUAUCUUUGUGCUGAAGUAUUGCUCAAGUUCAGCCUGGGCCACUGGAUUCGUCUGUUUUGCUUCAUCCAGUCCCGCUGGACACCAUCACAGAGUUCACGAUCAGUGGAAGAGCACAGUCCAAGUACCACCAUGAGAGGUGAGGGGUGCUGGACACGACUCUGAGAGACCUUGCACGGCUGGGAGUGAGUGGCGCAUUAAAAAUACAGGUCCCCACAAGAGCUUUCUGGUCUCAGCUAGCGCUGUAAAUCAAUACCCGAGCACUCUGAUUUCUUCAUCAAGACAUUGCUACAAACGGAAUGGGUUUCUUGAUCACUUGCUGAAAAGCCGCACUCCAGAGAAUACUAUUUUUUCAAGUUUGUUUCACACUGCGGCUCUGAAAACACACCGGAUACCUAAAACAGUAUAUUUAUAUAGAUGUGCAUAGUUGAAAAAGCUGAUAAGUCUUUCGAUCACCUGUCAAUGUUCUUUUUUUAAGCUUAUGUUUACGCUUCCUUCAAAGCUUUUGGCACUUCAGAGAAUAUUCCUAUCAGCUUUGGACUAAAUCGCAGCUAUUUUUAUUCCAUUCUACAUAUUUAGAUAAAAGUCUCCCACUUCACAAUUCUGUUCAAAACAUUUCGGUUCUCUCAUCUGAACGAGUGAGAGCAGAAGGGGAAGUUCACGCUUAAAAUCGUCACUAUUUCACAACCUGUCUACAGUCUGUGGCUAAUCACGGUUUUCCAUCAUCAGAAGCGACUUCCAUCUUUUUUCAUGCAAAAUGAAGCACAUUAGCAUAUUUAUGGACUGAGAUAUAUCCAGUUGUGUACAACGUGCUACACAGAGCUUGCAUUCAGUCAUCAAGCAAAGGAACAAAUAGCUUCUGACAUGUGAAGAAAAAGGAGUAUUCAAGAGCUCUGUGCACUUAAACACAUGGAAUAAAAUCAUGGUUGCAAGCUGGGAGGAGAUGGAGGAGCACAUGAGUUAGUUUCCCCAUUAAGGUUUAUGCUUGUAUCUGUGUGAAAUCAACCAAAAAAAAUAAAAAAUUGUAAUGUGUCUGCUUUCAUAUAUAUGACAUUUUCCUAAAAGUAAAAUUGUUGGCCAGAUCUGACGGAAAGCAUUAGUUGAUGUCCAAUCCAGAUCUGGGAAAAUGAAGAAUCUGGACGAACUGGAACAUCCAUUGUUGGGUGACAGCAGCCCCAUAAACUCAAGUGAAACAGGCACUAGUGGUAGUGGACUGUUCAAAAGCAUAUUGAUGAGAAAUGAGGAGGACAAAAGACGGCCCCCUCUGGACUGGAGGAAUUAUUGCCGGUCUACAGACAUCCAACGGCAGCAGCUACUGGAUCCAUGUUCAUUGCCUAGUACACUAGAGACUCUUUAUCCUCCUACUAGCAUUUGGGCUGCUGCUGAUUCCUUGGGCAUCCACAGUAAGGAGUACCUGGAAACCACUUUUGUGGACAUUGGCCCUGGUUCACCAUUGGAAAGGAAGUUACUGGCAGAGACAAGAGAUGUCCAUAGUGUAUCCUACAGCAUGGAAGAUGGGGAUGACCUUUUGCCAGACUUUGAGGACUCCUCCAGUGAUGACUUCAGUGACACAGACAGUGAAAGCAACUUCCCCAUCAUGAUCCCUCAAGAUUACCUGGGCCUGGCUUUCUUCUCCAUGCUCUGUUGCUUCUGGCCUCUGGGCAUUGCUGCAUUCUAUCUUUCCCAAAAGACGAACAAAGCAUCAGCACAAGGAGAUUUCCAGGGUGCCAGUGCUGCAUCUCGGCAGGCUCUUUGGCUCUCUGUCCUUUCAAUCGUGUUCGGCAUCAUCACUUACAUCUGUGCCAUCGCUGCCCUGAUCUCCUAUCUCUCCGGGAAACCACCUUAAAGACUACUGUAUCGGUAUCCACUCGCAAUUCUUCCAGAAACGUAACUCCCUGGCUCCUAAUUACACAAACCGCUGCUCCUUACAUACAUUCACCUACACCUGUAAAAAGUACAUUAGUUUAGCAGAGGCACCACCUUUGUAACAAUUUCUGCAAGUUCACAGCUGUCAUUUAAGAUACAAAAAUGCAAAAGGGGUAGUUUCAGCUGAAAUCUUUGUAUUUGGGUCAAAAAAAAGAUGACAUCCAAUUCUGAAAGAGAGACCUGCGCUCUGUUUUGGCACUUGUGUCUAAGUUGGCAGGGGAGGGAGUGAUUGAGGCCUAAGGGUUUGUUAGAAGGGAACUAGACAAGGACUGUGAGAUCAGAUCACAACGGACUUGGCUGUGAAACAGCAGGACGUGCCCUCUGAGACACAUGACUCCAGCAAACUGGGUCAUUUUCUGUCGGAGCUCUAAAGCUGGCCAUUGAACCACUCUCCAAAUUUGAAAACACCACAGUAAAUGGCUUCAGACCUCCGCUGGAAAAUGUCAGAUAGAAAACGAGUACAAGUUCAGACGGACUCUGCAAAUGUGAGGAUGCAUAACAAAUAUGCAGACGAAAGUACAUGGCUCUAUUCAUAGCUUCAUAAAUGUAGACUCUUCAUUUUCCACCUACUGUACGAACAAAACCGUACCGAGACAUUUCAUAUGAUUCAGCUAAACCAUGCCUGCAAACAUAUAAAAUGGCAAAAAAGAUGAUGAAUCAGUAAUCGGCACAGAUUCACCAAACAUUGUUAAAAAAAAAUAAAACCUUUCCUAACUGAUAUCUUCUCCUUUUUCCUCUAAUUUAAGAAUGUUUUGUAUUCCCAAAAACAUUUCUUAUGAUUGUUCUCAUUUGAAUUCCUGAAAAUGUUCUUAGAAACAAAUCGUAACUGUGAUGCGUAAAUAUAUAUGCAGACGUUUAAUGAACAUUGUGUUUCAUUUCAAGCAUUAAGAAUUAGAACAUUAUUCUGAUAAUUAUGCCUGUGGUUGAGUUGAUCAGCAAAUCUUUGGCAUAAACCACCGUUCAAUCAAACAACACCAAUGUAUAUGUUAAAUUGUUUUUGUGUUUUUUUUUUACAAUUGUUUAACAAAAACUGUAUUUAGGAACAUUUUUUACGAACUUUUAUCUUAGGGAAUUAAGAUUUUCAUGCAAGCCAGAAGCUGAAAUAAUUUUGAAAAGAUUCUGACAUUUGAAUAGAACUACACGUUGUUUAUGUAACCCAGAUGUUUUGAAACAACACAAAUCUUUAUAGUAACAUUAACAGUAAAAGGACCAUAAAAAUGAUUUUAACAGCUUUACAGUUCAAAUAUAACUUUUGACAAAGUUUUAUUAAAAAGCCAAACCUUAUUUCAGCCUUCACACCAUUUUUUUUUAAGAAAAGGGAUGAAUAAACAGUCAUGUACUUAAAAAUACAAAAGGUCUGAACAAAAACAGCAAACAGGCUGAAUGAAAAUUCUAAUGCAGCUCUCUGACAGUAUACUGUAGAUGACACUUAUGGAAAAGCAGAAAUACAGUGGUUACCCCUGUACACCAAUCAUGUGUGCUUUUAAACAACAUAGUCUUAGACAUUAUCCAGAGGAUGAAAAGAAAAUGGCACUUUCUAAAGACAGUCAGUUCCCUUCAAAGCUACAUUCAAGUUACGCCCAAAGAUGUUGUGUUUGCAGGUAUAUAAACAUCUGUGAGAUCUUAAUUUAUAUUCAUGAUGAAUAACUGAGCAUAUAACAUGUUCAAUUUGUAGGUCUGAAAUAAAGGGUAUUUGCCUUUCCCUUGGCAGUUACUUGAAGCUGCAUUCAUGCGAUUGAAGGCAAACACUUGAGAUAAUGAAAUCCACUAGAUUAAAAGAGAAUUCUGUGUUAAAGGAAGCUCAAUGUCAGUGACCUUUCUACUACUGGGCACUCUAUUUUGUUGCUGCACUUUACUCUUUACUUAAAUCCCUUUUGUGGGCCUACAUUUCGCCUUGAUAACCUCAGAGGCGAGCGAUGAGCAGUGCCAAACACAACGCUCCGACUGAAGUGCUUUAGUUGCUACCAUAGGAAGUGUCUCGGAGUAUCAAACACAUCGCAUUUUUCACACCAUCUGCAUAUAUGUACAAUUAAUGACACUACCUUUUUAAAGCAGGAUAUCGGUGUUUAUAAACUUACUUUGUAGAUUGUCUGUUCAUUAAUUUGACUGGUGAACUGUUAAUAUUAUGCUAAACUAGACGAUAUAUAAAAGCCUGAAAUAAAAACAAUACACAAUCAUUCAAAUGUUUUAGGACAGUAAAAAAAAAAAAAAAUUUCAAAUCAAAAUGUAAGACUAAUGGUUUCCACAAAAUAAAUAUAUAUAAUAAUAAUAUUAUAUAUAUAUAUAUAUAUAUAUAUAUAUAUAUAUAUAUUUAUUUAUUGAACAAUGGCUGAAGAUUUAACAAAUGGCUGCUGAAAAUUCAGCUUUGCCAUCGCAGAAAUACAUGACAUUUUAAAAUACAUUCAAAUAGAAAACAUUUAUUUUAAAUUGUUAAAAUAUUUCACAAUAUUACUGAUUUUACAGUAUUUUUUUAUUAAGUGAAUGCAGCCUUGGUGAGCAUGAGUCUUUCAAAAACAAGAAAAAUCUUACUGCCCCCCAAACAUUUGGAUGGUUGUGUACAUUAUGGAGAAAGUCUACAUUCAGAUGUCAAGUGCAUGAUACUACAAUCAGAAAACGUGAUUUAUAAGUUGAAAUGUGGCCUGUUCCAAAAGAUUACAGCCGCAAACAGCGGUCAGCAUCAACUGCCUUGGCAGGUGCCCUUCGAGCCCCCCACAGUUAGAAAUUGGGUCACAUCAUGGUAGGAAAUCAUGUAUUACUUCUACAACAAGCUGCCCCAUCGAGCAGAGGAGAGGAGCGAUAACACAGCCCCCUCCGGUAAGCUAUCAUUGCCUGUGUUGGAUCACAGAAGAGUACCUUAAAGAGUCCAGUGCACAGGUCAAAGUGCUGCGGUCGAGUCUCAGGACAGGAAUACAGACCAGGGAAAUCCUCUCCAGUCAUUCUUCUAUUCCUCCUCUACAUUAAUCUUGUGUAAAUGUGUAUGGACAUUUUGAAGGUAACUGUUAUGAACGAAUAAAUGCACUUGAUUGAAACUUUAA